CGACUUUCCCAAGCUUUAUAAACACCCAUUGACCACCACCAACUUUCUUUAUCCCAUUCCUCUCCAUACCCCAUUAUACAUACCCCAUUAUACUCCUCAAGCUUCAAGCUACCUACCUACCUCUCCACCCCUCUACCUCCCACAACCCCCCCAACAAACCACCCACCAUGGAAGCCGCCCAAAACCUCGUCCACAAGCUCAUCAGCUCCGACAAACCCUCUCCCCUCCCCCAACCCACCGCCACCGAGCUCCAGCAGCUCCGCGACACCUACGAAAAAGCCUCCCAAUCCCACGUCUUCGCCUUCUACGACUCCCUCAGCUCCUCCGAGCAAGCGACCCUCUACAACCAGCUCUCCCAAUUCGACCCCGCGCGCAUCAACGAGAUUACAGACCGCGCCCUCAACCCGCCGAAGGCAACUGAAGAUGCACCACACGCAGGCCUCGAGCCCCUCCCCGAGAGCGCAACAGCUAGUAUCCUCGACUCUGCGCCGGAAGAUCUGCAGACCUGGAACGACGCUGGGAUCGACCUGAUCGCAGCUGGUAAAGUCGCUGUGCUCCUCCUUGCUGGCGGACAGGGGACAAGACUCGGCAGCUCCGCGCCGAAGGGAUGCUACGACAUUGGGCUCCCGUCCAAGAAAUCCCUCUUCCAGAUCCAAGGCGAGCGUAUCCGCAAGAUCCAGCGUCUCGCUGAGAAGAAGUCCGGCGCCGCUGUCGGCUCUGUCACCGUGCCUUGGUAUGUGAUGACCAGCGGCCCGACGCGCGGCCCGACAGAGGCGUAUUUCCAGGAACACGAGUACUUCGGGUUGAAGAAGGAGAAUGUGCAUAUCUUUGAGCAAGGCGUGCUGCCCUGCAUCUCUAACGAGGGGAAGAUCCUGUUAGAAUCCAAGAGCCGCGUUGCUGUUGCGCCGAACGGGAAUGGUGGGAUUUACGAGGCGCUGGUGACUUCCAACAUUACCGCCGACAUGCGGAAACGCGGGAUCGAGCAUAUCCACGCGUACUGCGUUGAUAACUGCCUCGCCAAGGUCGCAGAUCCAGUCUUCAUCGGUUUCUCAGCCUCCAAACACGUAUCCAUCGCCACGAAAGUGGUGCGCAAGCGCAACGCUACCGAGUCGGUCGGAUUAAUCCUUCUCAAGAACGGCAAGCCCGACGUAGUCGAGUACUCCGAGAUCGACUCCGCGACCGCCGAAGCCAAGGACCCCAAGCAGCCCGACGUGCUGAAAUUCCGCGCCGCUAACAUCGUCAACCACUACUACUCCUUUGCCUUCCUCGAGACGAUCCCGCAGUGGUCGGCCCAGCUCCCGCACCACGUCGCGAGGAAGAAGAUCCCCUUUAUCGACCCUAGCAGUGGUGAGACGACCAAGCCGGAGAAGCCGAAUGGGAUUAAGCUGGAGAUGUUCAUCUUUGAUGUGUUCCCGCUCCUCAACCUUGAUAAGUUCGCGUGUAUGGAGGUCAGGAGGGAGGAUGAGUUUAGUCCGCUUAAGAAUGCGAGGGGGACGGGAGAGGAUGACCCCGAUACGAGCAGGAGGGAUGUCAUGGCGCAGGGAGAGAGGUGGGUUAGGGAGGCUGGGGGGGUGGUGGUGUCCGAGGGGGAUAAGAAGGGGGUUGAGGUGUCGCCGCUGGUGAGUUAUGGGGGGGAGGGGCUGGAGAAGCUGAAGGGGAAGGAGAUUGUGGCGCCGGCGGUGUUGGAGAAGGAGUUGGAGUAGGGGGUGCUGGAGGGAGUCUGGGUAAAAGGGAUUAGUUAGGCGUCAGUGUUGAUUGAGGCUUUGCCUGUAGUGUAGUUAUGAUCUGGGCUAGAGAAAAGCGGGUAGAAAUAUUUUAUUUGUUCUUCUCACUUGGUCGCACUUGAUUGCUGUGAGAACCAUGUGACAUAUAUACACGCCCAAUCCACACAGCAAAGGGGAAUAUAUGAUGUGCGGGAGUGUUCAAAGUGCUUGCCUGUUCGUCGUUACCAGGGCGCCAGGUUCAUCUCACUCAUAGCUACAAUUAACCCUAGCAUUCUGGGUUUUUUACUUGCUAGGGAUCGAAAAAGAGGGUCUAUUCUUGGUAUAGCUAUCUAUCUCGAUUUUUGAAAAUAGGCUAGAAUUGACGAAUAAAAAUGAUCCAACAAUCCCAUAAUCGCCGCGCGCGUGCGUGCGGUAAAGUCGAUUCAACCCCCCAUCAUCCCCGUGAUCCACCACAUCUGCGCGCGGUGGGAGCAGGCUGUGAUGGACCCAACAGAUAAUGCAUGAUGGGAUCACCUCUCGCACGUCUCUUGUUACCGAAUCGCCGCCCGGUAGCCGAUUUUAUGCCUCACCACCCUGGGGUCCACCACAUCUGCGCGCGGAGGGAGUUAUGAUGGACCCAAGAGCCCACGCGGCCGUUCAACCCUCGUCCUAUAACAACUAACAUCCCCAGGAGAAUGAAUUCUAGCUUGCCAACCCUCCCCCCAACCCCCCCAAUAUGCCCGUAGACGAUGGCACCCAAUACCCCCAUGGUCUACCAGGUCUGCGCGCGGUGGGAGCAGCCGUGCCAAACCUUAUUAAGGAACUGGAUUCCAUCGUCUUUGAGCACCUCGGGCACCACCGCACCACGGUUGAAGCCCCCUCAUAUUUGGUCAACUGAUGGGAGGUUUCUGGGCCCGGGUAUAAUCGCCACGUAUGUCUCGAUCCCCGGAGAAUACUGGACUCGGCGGAUAUUGGGCGUUCGAGAUGGCGCGAUUGAGUGGUGUUGGGGGCGGCCAUGUUGGAUGUUUGACUGGGAAGGGGCGGCGAGUAGUGGUCGUGGUGGCAAGGGGGCGGUGGUGCGAGGGGAGAGAGAUGGGGGGUGGUGGAUGCUGAGAUUGCUAUAGGGCAUGGAGCUAUCAACCCCCUCUUACAUGUCUUUGACGCUGAAAUUAUCAGAGCCUAGAAGGGCCUACACAGCACACCCUCUGCCUGCCCAUAGACAUCAGACACAGCCGCCUCUAGCUAUGUAUCAACAACACCUUAGUUAUAUGGUGUCUCUAGGGAGAAGCAUCCUUCUCCUCCUAGUGGGCCUUUCUCGCCUACUAGGAAGCUAUGCAAGUCUUCGAUAUCAAAACCUGCUAGUCCCCUAGACACACUAGGAUUGAAGGCAACGAAGCAGCAGACCAACU